GACACCGGCUCCGGCUGGAAUCUCAUUAGCCAUUUACGCGAUAAGUCCGCCCGCUGGUUGAUUGCAUUGCGAGCCAUUUAUCAGUUGGUCAUUCACGUUUCGAAUCCAAUCCGUGUGAACGUAUUCUUCCCAAUCGAGUGUAGUCGUGUUUUGUGGCAUCAAUAUGGCCCCAAAGGUUCCAGCCAUCCGCCUGAACAACGGCCUCGAGAUUCCCGCCCUAGGAUUGGGAACGUACAUGGCAACCGAAGAGGAAGGUAUCGCCGCGGUGAAAAUGGCCAUCGACGAGGGUUACCGGCACAUCGAUACGGCGUACUUUUAUCAGAACGAAACCCAAGUCGGCCAGGCGGUGCGAGCUAAAAUCGCCGAAGGGGUCAUCAAGCGAGAGGAUGUUUACAUCGUCACCAAGGUCUGGAAUACCUAUCAUGCACCGGAACAUGUUGAGCAAGCGUUUCAGCGAUCGCUCGACAACCUCGGGCUGGACUACAUCGAUCUGUACUUGAUGCACUGGCCAACGGGUUGGAAGUUUUCGGGCUGGUCACCGAGCGACUUCAUGCCGAUGGACGCUGCCGGCCGUACGAUCAACUCGGACGUUGACUACCUUGAAACGUGGAGCGCCAUGGAGCGGCUGCUCGAGACGGGCAAAGUUAAGAGCAUCGGCGUGUCUAACUUUAACAGCGAACAGUUGACGCGCCUGUUAGCCAAGUGUAAAGUCAAACCGGUGACCAACCAGGUCGAGUGCAAUCCGGGCAUCAACCAGCGAAAGUUGAUCGAUUUCUGCCGCCAGCAUGAUAUCGUCAUCACUUCGUACAGUCCCCUGGGACGUCCGAACCUAACUGACCCCGUAGUAGGCACAGAGGGCAUUCCGAAACAUGCGCUCGACGAUCCACGGGUGGUUGGCAUCGCUAAGAAGUACGGCAAGAGCGCGGGUCAGGUGGUGCUACGGUACUUGAUAGAGCUGGGCACGGUUCCGAUUCCAAAGUCGUCGCGUCUCGAGCGCAUACGGCAGAAUAUUGACAUCUUCGACUUUCAACUGACCGCCGACGAGAUUAAGGUUCUGGAUGGCUUCAACACGGGCGCGCGCACGGUGCCUUUCAACUUCAGCAGCGCACACAAAUACUUCCCCUUCAAGCUGGAAUACUGAUAAAGAAAUGGCACGAUCAUAACACAAUGCAUC